GUGGGUAGCUCCGAGUAAAACAAAUGAGGCACUGGAAAGCGGCUCUGGUACAGAUGAAACAAGUUCUCAAUAAAUAGAUUCGCCCAUCUCUAUACGGUUAGAGAUGGGAACAUAGACUCAUUUUUAUGAAAGAUUCACAAUCAUCACCUUUGAUUUGGCUGUGUUUUGUUUUUGUGGUACUCUGUGGCAUGUGCGCUAACCUCAAACAAAAGUAACAAGAAUUCCAAAUAUCGAACAAGGUGUCAACAUAAAGUUUAGGUACAAGAUUGUGAAGAAAGAAAUGUGUGGUGAAGAUAAGGAAUAGUUUGAACAUAUGAAAUCAAAAACCGAUGUAUAAUGUCUGUUCAACUAGGAAAAGUGGUAUCAUAUGUCUUGUUAGAAAGAUUCGGCCCCCUAGUUGAAAGAGUAGGCAUGUAUUUGUUUGAGUAUGGCACGAAUCCAUUGUUCUGCAUUAAAAAAUUUACUGAUUUACCGAUACCUAAGAUCAAAGAGUCCUUAGCAAUUCUUGUGAAAUACCAGCUAGUUACAUUUGCCCCUAAUAAAAAUGAUUGUGUGGCAAACUAUACAUUGCAACCAAAUAAGGUGUUGUUACACCUCAGAUAUCCUAAAUAUAUAAAUAUGAUCAAAAAGAAAUUUGGGGAUGAGGCCGAGGUUAUUUUAGAAGAGAUACUGCAAAAGAGUUACUUGACAGGUAGUGAAGUUAUACUGCUUGCAUAUGAAAAACUAAAAAAAGAUAAUAAUCCAAAUGUCACUUUGCCUGCAUUAAGAGACAAAUUUAUGUCUUUGAUUACAGCAAAAUAUCUGAUAAGACUGCCUUACAAUGAAUCCGAUGACAGAGCUGUGCCAAAUUUGGUGGUGAAAGAUCAGGAGUUACAUGUGACUCCACCUAUUGAUAUAAAGGAAUUGACAGCCAAUCCACAAGGUGGUAACUCUAAAGAUAAAGACAUCUAUUGGACAGUUAACUUUGACAGGUUCCAUCAAGACAUGAGAGAUAAAAUCUUAGUUAAUGCUUUCACUCAGAAGUUUGAUGAGAAUGCUGGUGAACUAGUAAAACUAUUAUUAAGGCAGAUGUAUAUAAGGACAGAACCUUGGACAGAUAUUUCUAAUCCUGUUCCCUUAUUAGAAAUUAAAGAUUUAGUUAGGAAACAGUCAAGCCUCAAGCUUUUGAACACAUUUUUUGAUCAGUAUGUUAAUGUUAUAGAACAGGAUAGCAGCAAUCUGAUCCGCAAAUCAGGCGAGGCCAGUGGAGGUUCAUUCCAGAUUUUCCUGAAAGAGGCUUUCAUUCAGUUUGCUUGGGAGAUAGUGGAACAGAGUGUAUUAGAAAAAUUUGACUCUAAAGCAGCGCGAAUCUUCAGGCUAGUUAAAUUGAAGAAGUACAUUGACUCCGAUUUGAUCCAACAGCAGGCUAUGAUACCCGCCAAGAUGGCAAAGAAACUCACUUUUCAACUAUUAGAAGAAAACUUUUUGCAGAUUCAGGAGAUCAAAAAGGCAUCAACUGGUACAGGUCCACACAAGUCCUUCAUGCUGUUUCACAUAAACCUGGAGAAUGUCGUUCGUAUGCUUUUGGAGUUAUGCUACAAGACCCUCUACAAUAUUAUGUCCAGAAGAGAUCACGAAAGGACGGUCAAUAAGCGAAUUAUCGAUAAGAAGCAAAGAGUGGACACCAUAUCUAUCAGUAUGAGGUCUCAGGGAGCCACAGAAGAACAAUUAGCUGAUAUUGAAGACAUGAUCACUCCACCGGAAAGAGAAAUACUGGAAAAUAUAGAUAGAAUGAUGAAACGGCUCAACAUGGCGGAAUUAGAGAUAGACGAUACGAUAUUUUUACUGGAAAUGUAUUUAGUUUAUCAAUAAAAUGUGAUUUAUACAGAA